UGGGAGUAAAACUUUUUGUAUUUCACAUUGAAAGACAUGUGUAUGUAUGUGUAUACGUAUCAUCAGCAUCUUCCAUGUUUGAUAUCGAGAGUGUGGCCCAAAUUGUAAGCAAGCGGAGAGAAGGGAGGGUGUGAGAAGAUUAUAUAAUAACCUCUCAAUUCUCUUCAACGAUAAGACAAAAUCCAGAGAGCCCUGAUAUCACCCAAUCCUCUCACUCUUCACCAUCCUCACUCUAUCUCUCUCCACAUGGCUUCUACCGCCGCCACUGCUGCGCUUUCCAUCAUCAAAUCCUCCGGUGGCGCCGCCGUUACCCGCGCCCGCGCCUCCUUCUUGCCCAUUACCUCCACUGCUUCUGUCGCCGGCUCCGGCUCCGUCUCGGCACGUCGCCUGGGCUUCUCCGCCAUCGUUGACUCCCGCUUCUCCGUCGACGUGGCCUCGAAGGUCCACUCCGUGCGUGGGAAGGGCAGCAGGGGAGUGAUCUCCAUGGCGAAGAAGAGCGUGGGUGAUCUGACAUCUGCGGAUUUGAAGGGGAAGAAGGUCUUCGUCAGAGCUGAUCUCAAUGUACCUCUGGACGACAGCCAGACCAUCACUGACGACACCAGAAUCCGCGCCGCCAUUCCCACCAUCAAGUUUUUGAUGGAGAAGGGCGCUAAGGUCAUCCUCUCCACUCAUCUGGGAAGGCCAAAGGGUGUCACCCCAAAGUUCAGCUUGGCCCCUCUUGUUCCCAGAUUGUCCGAGCUCCUUGGUAUUCAGGUCGUGAAAGCUGAUGAUUGUAUUGGUCCGGAAGUGGAAAGCUUGGUGGCUUCCCUUCCUGAAGGUGGCGUUCUGCUUCUUGAGAACGUGAGGUUUUACAAGGAGGAAGAGAAGAACGAACCCGAGUUUGCCAAGAAGCUUGCUUCUCUAGCUGACCUCUAUGUCAACGAUGCUUUCGGGACUGCUCACAGGGCCCACGCUUCAACCGAGGGAGUCACCAAGUUCCUGAAGCCAUCAGUUGCUGGUUUCCUUUUGCAAAAGGAGUUGGACUACCUCGUGGGUGCGGUUUCAAACCCGAAGAGACCGUUUGCUGCCAUCGUGGGAGGUUCAAAGGUGUCAUCCAAGAUUGGAGUCAUCGAGUCUCUUCUUGAGAAAUGUGACAUCCUUCUGCUUGGUGGUGGAAUGAUCUUCACAUUCUACAAGGCGCAAGGUCUUUCUGUUGGCUCGUCCCUUGUCGAAGAAGACAAGCUUGAGUUGGCUACAUCACUCCUUGCCAAGGCUAAGGCCAGGGGAGUCUCUCUGUUGUUACCAACAGAUGUUGUGAUUGCGGACAAGUUUGCUCCUGAUGCCAACAGCAAGAUUGUGCCGGCUUCGGGCAUUCCUGAUGGGUGGAUGGGAUUGGACAUCGGUCCAGACUCGGUGAAAACUUUCAACGAAGCUCUCGACACCACCCAGACGGUCAUUUGGAAUGGACCAAUGGGAGUGUUUGAGUUUGAAAAGUUUGCACAAGGAACAGAGGCGGUUGCGAAUAAACUAGCAGAGCUAAGCGAGAAGGGAGUGACGACGAUAAUAGGAGGGGGAGACUCGGUGGCGGCAGUGGAGAAAGUGGGGGUAGCAGGAGUGAUGAGUCACAUCUCCACCGGUGGUGGGGCCAGCUUGGAGCUCUUGGAAGGCAAAGUGCUUCCCGGUGUGGUCGCUCUUGAUGAAGCAACGCCAGUCACCGUUUAACUUAACUCUUUUUCGGUCUUGUAAAUCUGACCAAAGUCUUUGUUUGUGUGUGUCAGUGUGUGUGUAUGUAUGUACCACCAAAUCCAUCCAUGACAGACUCUUGUCGUCUCCCAAUAAUAAUAUCACCAAAUUUGGAUCUCAACCGUAUUUGUAUCACACGACGAGACUUUGGUUUUUGCUGCUUUCCUUUUAAAAGCAACAUCAGAUUACCGUAGUAAUUUCCACCCUCGAAACAAACUUGUACGAUAAAACGAGGACCUGAUACGAAAUACGAUGGAAUUGUUUGCACGUGGCGUCACCCGAUAGGAUGCAAGUUGACAGCUUACUAAACACGCGUGAUAUGAGAUGAUAGAUAAUCUCCAUCUCUUCCUCUCCCGUCGUCAAGCUGCUUCGCCAUGGCUAUGGCGGCGUCUGUUCUCCAAGCUUAUCCGCUCUCGCUCAAUAACAACAUUUGAUUGCCAAUUGCUUCCUUUGUUGGAUGUAGAAAACCUGCGGAUUCAUAGUUCAGGGUUGCUCGGCGGAAUCAAAAAGCAAAACGGGGUCUAUGCCCUAGACAGCCGAAAGCGAUCUCUUUUGAUAUGCCACUCCGCCAUUAACGCCAAAUGCAGCGAAGGACAAACACAGACCGUGACUCGGGAGUCGCCAACAAUAACCCAGGCUCCUGCCCACUCUAAGGAGAAAUCACCAGACCUAGAUGAUGGAGGAGCCGGGUUCCCACCGCGAGAUGAUGGAGAUGGAGGCGGAGGAGGAGGCGGUGGAGGCAACUGGUCGGGUGGGUUCUUCUUCUUUGGUUUUCUGGCCUUGCUGGGAUUAUUGAAGGAUAAAGAGGGUGAGGAGGAUUAUCGGGGGAGCAGAAGGCGAUGAUGAUGAUGAGAUGGGUCAUCGGAUUAGUUAUUUGGUGCAUACAACUUGAGAAUCACAUUUGCUACAGGUCUCAGUUUGUUGUAUCUGUUUCUUGUAUGCAUUGUAUCCAAGAGAUCCAAGCUUUUUUCACUUAUAUGAUGUGAGACUCUGAGAAAAAACACAGGCAAAAUCAAGUUUGAAUGAGAAAGGUCUAAAUGGGAAAUGAAGCAGCCAUAACCUGGCCUCAGUGUUACUACUACAUUCAUUGUUUAUUCA